GUGAAUUUCAAUCAUUUGACUAUGAAUCUGCAGUGAUCAUGUGACCUUGUCAAAGUUGUCAUGUGACCUCAGUCUUGUGAUCAUGUGACUUCUACAAUUGGACUUCACCAACAUAGCUGUCCCAACAUUGUCAUAUGGGACAUUUCGGAUUUGUCUUCAACACAAUUUAGCCAUAAGAAAUAUCAGUAUCCCUGUAUUCUACACAUGUAUAUUAUUGUGAAGAAAGGAGACAUAUGUAUUGAUCACAUGCUGUAAAAACAAUAAACAUUGAUUUUUGUAGUUGUAGUGUAAAUGUUUGUGUAGCUUUCCCGCGAGUUUGUGUAAAGUAAGAAAUGGAACAGUUACAUGACACAGUACACUGUUGUCAUUUGGGAUGAAUAGUGAUUAAUUCCCCUGUUUGAAAAUGUUACUCCCUACUGCAGUGUAGCAGGUCCUGAAAGCUACUGUGAUCAUUGUACAGCCUUCAUAUAACUUUUAUAGUGUACAGGUAUGUACACAUGUCUCAUCUGACAUUGAUCUAACUCAAUCAUCAAGUUGUUUAUCACUUACGAUGAUACUGAAAACGUUGAGCAUUUAUACAUAUGUAAGAUAUUAAUGUCAAAUGUGUAAUGUGAUUUACCAAGAUUUGACCCCAACAUUGCGAAAUUAACUAGGUAAACCAGUUCAGGUUAAUAACAAUUAACCAGAUUAGCACAAUUAUGUUAAACAAGUGUAGGACGAUUAUAGUAAACUAGUUUAAGGUCCUUGAGAUAAGCAAGUUUAGGAUGAUUAUCAUAUCAAGCUGAGGGUGAUUAUGAUAAAUCAGUUAAGGAUUAUUACAAUAAACAAGUUUGGGAUGAUUAUGAUAAACUUAUUUAGGAUUUUGAGAUAAACCAGGUUAGGGUGAUCAGUUUAGCAUGAUUAAAGCAGUGAUGGAUGAUUAUGAUCGACGAUGGAAAACAAGUUAACAUUAUAAAAAUACACCAUUUUAGGGUGAUAGAAGUGAACCAGUGUGGGUUUAGGUUGAUAGAAGUGAACCAGUGUGGGAUGGUUGUGAUAAACCUGUUUAGGUUGAUAGAAGUGAACCAGUGUGGGAUGAUUGUGACAAACCUGUUUAGGUUGAUAGAAGUGAACCAGUGUGGGAUGAUUGUGACAAACCUGUUUAGGUUGAUAGAAGUGAACCAGUGUGGGAUGAUUGUGACAAACCUGUUUAGGUUGAUAGAAGUGAACCAGUGUGGGAUGGUUGUGAUAAACCUGUUUAGGUUGAUAGAAGUGAACCAGUGUGGGAUGAUUGUGACAAACCUGUUUAGGUUGAUAGAAGUGAACCAGUGUGGGAUGAUUGUGACAAACCUGUUUAGGUUGAUAGAAGUGAACCAGUGUGGGAUGAUUGUGACAAACCUAUUUAGGUUGAUAGAAGUGAACCAGUGUGGGAUGGUUGUGAUAAACCUGUUUAGGUUGAUAGAAGUGAACCAGUGUGGGAUGGUUGUGACAAACCUGUUUAGGUUGAUAGAAGUGAACCAGUGUGGGAUGAUUGUGACAAACCUGUUUAGGUUGAUAGAAGUGAACCAGUGUGGGAUGAUUGUGACAAACCUGUUUAGGUUGAUAGAAGUGAACCAGUGUGGGAUGGUUGUGACAAACCUGUUUAGGUUGAUAGAAGUGAACCAGUGUGGGAUGAUUGUGACAAACCUGUUUAGGUUGAUAGAAGUGAACCAGUGUGGGAUGGUUGUGAUAAACCUGUUUAGGUUGAUAGAAGUGAACCAGUGUGGGAUGGUUGUGAUAAACCUGUUUAGGUUGAUAGAAGUGAACCAGUGUGGGAUGAUUGUGACAAACCUGUUUAGGUUGAUAGAAGUGAACCAGUGUGGGAUGGUUGUGAUAAACCUGUUUAGGUUGAUAGAAGUGAACCAGUGUGGGAUGAUUGUGACAAACCUGUUUAGGUUGAUAGAAGUGAACCAGUGUGGGAUGGUUGUGAUAAACCUGUUUAGGUUGAUAGAAGUGAACCAGUGUGGGAUGAUUGUGAUAAACCUGUUUAGGUUGAUAGAAGUGAACCAGUGUGGGAUGAUUGUGACAAACCUGUUUAGGUGGAUAGAAGUGAACCAGUGUGGGAUGAUUGUGACAAACCUGUUUAGGUUGAUAGAAGUGGACCAGUGUGGGAUGAUUGUGAUAAACCUGUUUAGGUUGAUAGAAGUGAACCAGUGUGGGAUGAUUGUGACAAACCUGUUUAGGUUGAUAGAAGUGAACCAGUGUGGGAUGAUUGUGAUAAACCUGUUUAGGUUGAUAGAAGUGAACCAGUGUGGGAUGAUUUUGAUAAACCUGUUCAGGUUGAUCUAAGUAUAUAUAACACUUUUUUUACUUCAUUUACAUUGUACUGUAUAACUUGCUAUAAGUAUUCAUAGAUAUAUCUGUUUGAAGACAUUUAUUUUAUAACACUCUCUCAUUGUCAGCCAAACAAUUUUUAAUUAAGGCACAUUUUCAAUGUUAUUCUGCUGGCAUUACCUGAUACCACUUCAGAGUGAGCUGAUUAUAUGAAGUAAAUAUACCAUAUUUUCUGGCUUUGAAGACAAAGCUGCAAAAUCAAAUUUUAAGAAUUUAUUAUUUAGAUCCACAUAUUAGCCACACUGGAAUGUAACUUGCACCAUCUCUGAAGAUGUGGUAACCGUUAUGUUGACCAAAUUUUGUUGAUAUAAGAGACAUUUAGCAUUACAUGAGGAAAUUUAGUGAAAGGAAACAUUAAAGAACUGUAUGUUUCUUCUGAUGUGAUAAUUGCCUGAAAUAUUUUGUAAAUUUUGAUCAUUGAUAGAAAUUUAAAUAUUUUCAUAUGUUAUAGUAUUUUAUAAAGUCUAACUCUUCAACAAUAACCAAUUUUUUUGAAAUGAAAAGACAUAAUUAUGUGUAAUGUAAUUGACAUCUAAAGACAUAUUUUGAUAUACCUUAAAAGUGAUUUUUUUUAAU